GGAAACGUAACGAGUUCUCCUGUUUGGAAUUUUCUCGGCUCGCCCAGCCACGGGGAAAUGGUGGAAAAGUGCAGAAACGCAGCAAUUGUGGCACUUGCUUAGCUAAGGAUCAAAAAGAAGGUCCAAUAAACCGUAGAGUUCCGUCAAAGAGUGAGCCAUGUGCGGGUUAUGAAACGAUUUUGAUGGCACACUGUGUGCAACUGUGACUGUGACUGCGAUUGCUGCAAGUGUAUUGGUGUGGUUAACCAGCCCCCACGACCACCAACCCCUUUCCCCACGUGUGUGCGUGCCCCAGUAGCAGGAACGUAAAUAAACCUCAACACUCGGAGCUAAAACAUCCUUAAUUUACAUGCAUUCCUCUGCUCCAGGAAGACAGCCCGACACACCAGACGGGAGUCUUCGCUUUGCAAUAAUUGGAGUUGGGCACCAGCUGAAGUCAGGAACACAAUCGAGCAACUUGAAAUUCUUUGUAAUCCUUCCAUCGAACUUUUGACACUCCGACACCUCAACACACAGAAAGACACAGAGACACGGACCACACCUCAGAGGCUUUUGCAAGGACACUACUGAGCUAACCAGGACAAACUGAAUCUCACAGACCGACACCAAAAUCCGGUAUCCCAUGCGAGGCGCUUGACAUUCUCAAGAUAACGACGAUCGGCAGAUCUGAAGACAAUAUUAGUAUAUUUUUCGACUGUUUUAGGUUCAGGAUUAAUUUGAGUUUUGGUUUUUUGGAAUUGGGCCAGAGGCUGCAGGACUUGUAGGAUAGCAGGAGAUUUAGGAGCGAGGUUAUAUUUAAAGUGAUUGCAAUUAUGGAACUUAGUUUUAUCUAGGGGAUAAACGCACACACGCACACCCACAUGCACGGCACACACAGACACACGCACACACACAGAGAUACACCCACGACAACACACACCACACACCAGAAUCGGCUGAAGAUAUAGAAGAUAUAUAGAACAAGGUUCAGUCGCCGGGAGAGAGGGCAGAGAAAUUCAAAAAUGGCUUAGAGUGAGGGAUGCGUGAUCAAAAAUCUAAAGAAAAAUCUCGAAACGACAACUAGUCGAUAAAGUCAAAGCAAAAUAAGUUAACCCCACAAGGCUAACAUAAAAACAUAAUAAGCAUUAAUUUAGAUAACAAAGCAAAAACCAAAAACAAAAAAAAAACAAAAAACUAUUCAAUAUACAAAGAAUACAAAAUAAGAAAUACAUUUUCCAUUUCGGCUAAAAAAAAUAAGGCAGAUGGGCAGGAGGAGAUCAGAAGAUUAGAAGAUUAGGCUAAGGGAGAUCUUAAUUGUUGUAGAAGCGCGAAUGUUAGCGGUGUUCAUUUUAAAGGCUUUUACCGAUCCAACUACAAACUAAGCACCCCACACGUACCCACACCCACACCCGAAACAAAACUAAGAGAACCGUAUUUCUCCGCCAUGAAGAAGAGCUCCACGCUGACCACGACCACGUCGAUGCCGGCGAGUCCGACGCUCUCGGCACAGACGCUCUCCGCCAGCAAGAUCAGCCUGAACAGCAGCCGUUGCGGCUCGGCGGGAUCGGGAUGCGGAUCCGCAUCCGGUUCGAUGCGCUCCGCCUGCCAAUCACCGGUGCGGCCGGGGAGCGGAUGCGUGGACGCCAUCAAGGCCAAGCGCGAGGAGAUCGAGAUGGACACGCUGCUCGAGAAGGCAAAGUUCUAUACCUCCGUGUGCCUUGGUACGACUGCCAUUUUGUCGGUGUUCACAUUCCUCUUCCUGAUACCCUUCGUCGUGGAUCCCGCCAUCUCAACGAUCAUAGCCGACUAUGAUCCAGUGCCGGUGACCUGCAUCGUCAUCGACCAUAUCUACGCGGAGGGCAUCAAGAAUUGCAGCUGGAGCUCCUGCCGCGAGGGCUGCACAUCAUCACUCACCAAGUGCCAUCAGUUGUUUGUCAACUAUACGCGCAUCCCGUUCAGCGAAUGGGAGCGCAAUCCUCGGGACCUAGACACGGUCAACUGGGAUGUGAGCUACACCAAGUUUCUGAUCAACUCAGAGGGUUGUGGCUAUCCGCCCACGACCAAUUGCAGUAUAUUUGCCAGGCAAUAUGGGUUUUCACACAUCGGAGAGCCCUUCCCCUGCUUCUACAGCAGGGCGUAUCCGGAGGUGGUCAUCGGUCGGUACUCGUGGGAGAACAAUCUGUACCACCUAAUCCUUUCGCUGAUCAUACCGAACGUGCUCUUUGCCAUCUCGAUCGGGGUGCUCAGCUAUUGGUACUGCCCCUGCUGCGAGAAGGCGUGCAACAAAUCCUCGCGGGUCUACGCCGAGAAGUUCCCGACCAAGGAAGAGAUCGUUAACUGCAUGAAAUGUAACACGGAAAAGUCGUUGUCCUUGAAUGUAUUUUGAAUAUGAACUAAAGCGCGAGUGCCCGACCUUUGAUCCCCAGAAAUGUAUUGUGAUAGGUUAAGUGCGAUGGUAUUUGCUAUAAUCCCUGGAUCCCUCGAUCCAGAUAUCUUGCACAUAUUGUGUGGCACCCAGUCCUAGCUAGUCCACUGAAAAAAAAAAAACACCCGCAUCUAUUUGAAGCCCAAUACAAAUUGUUACUCUGAAGUGUCCUUAGCAAUUACUGCCUUUCUUAAUAUUUCCAAUAGUAGUCUUGUUUUCUUUAUCGCACAAAAACAAAACACCAUUCGAAAGGAAUUUUAAACACACGAUCACUC